AUGGCGCCACCAAAAUCGACAAAGAAGACGUCUACUCAAAAAAAGGAAAAACUCUUCCACCCACAAUCUCGCAAGGCCGAACAACUUGCACGAGUACAGAAUCGCAAGGGGAAGUUAGCAGAACUCGCCAAGGCGCGGAUAGAAAAGCAGAGAUUGCAAGCUGACAUUCAUUCAUUCUUCUACAAUUCAUUGCAACCGGAAGGUGUCCUAUCGCUAGAGGAGCUCCACGCCAUUGUCAAAGACGUCUGGCUAGCUCGCUUCGAUUCCGAUCUGGAAGAGGAGAGGGCCACGAGGCGGAAGGGCCGGCCAAAAAGUGCCAAGGAACAAAGAUUGGAGGAGCUGAAGCUGCGAGAGGCCGAAGAGUAUCGCACGGGUCUCGAGGUGGUUGAUCUCACGCAUCCCCCAAAUGUAAAGCUGUUCCGGCGAUGGGACCAGAAAGAGGUCGCAUUUAUCCAGCAAUUGCGCCUUAUACGAAUAUCAAGCGACUCUCCGGACACCAUUAUUGUCUCGCGCCCUGGACAACACAUCUCCCUCCUGCGCGAUAGUCAGACAAAUCAGAAUGUUGCAGGUCAAGCAAUGGAUUUGGACACAGAUACAACACCGCUCCUACUCGAACCGCCAUCACGCUUUGCAUCGACAAUCGCAACGAUGGAUGGGACCACGUAG